CUCCUCUGCCUGUCUCUCUUUGUGCACGGACAUGUGUGUGUGAGAGCGUCUGAGGCUCUUUGUCCUGAGUCCCUGACUGCAAAGUUAACUGGGCUGAAAGAGUUUGGAUCAAAUACCAGAAGGGCAAAAGAAAAACAAAUUUUAUGUAAACUGAUUCUGGCCCUUGUCUCCAACACGACCCAAGUAACUUUGUAUCCUCUGCUGCACUGGAUUAUUUCUAGGGAAGGACAGGCAGAGAGGGUCAUCCUCAAUGAAGGUAGUUUCUCUUUUACUAGUAGGUUUUUACCUGCUGCCUUCUUGCAAAGCAGAAGAGGGACUGAAUUUCCCCAGUUACGAUGGGAAAGACCGGGUAAUAAACCUCAAUGAGAAGAACUACAAGCAAAUUCUGAAGAAAUAUGACCUGCUCUGCCUCUUUUACCAUGAGCCGGUAUCUUCUGAUAAAGUCUCCCAAAGGCAGUUCCAAAUGAAAGAAAUUGUCCUGGAGCUGGCAGCCCAGGUUCUAGAACACAAAGAUAUAGGUUUUGCCAUGGUGGACUCCAAGAAAGAAGCCAAGCUUGCUAAAAAGCUAGGUUUUGAUGAAGAAGGGAGCCUGUAUAUCCUUAAGGGUGACCGCACAAUUGAGUUUGAUGGAGAACUGGCUGCUGAUGUUUUGGUGGAAUUCCUUUUAGAUCUAAUUGAAGACCCAGUGGAAAUCAUCAACAGCAAACUGGAAGUCCAAGCCUUCGAGCGCAUUGAUGACUACAUCAAACUCAUUGGCUUUUUCAAGAGUGAAGACUCAGAACAUUACAAGGCAUUUGAAGAAGCAGCUGAGCAUUUCCAGCCCUACAUCAAAUUCUUUGCCACUUUUGAUAAAGGGGUUGCAAAGAAGCUAACCCUGAAGAUGAAUGAGGUUGACUUCUAUGAACCAUUUAUGGAUGAGCCCAUUCCCAUCCCAGAUAAACCUUACACUGAGGAAGAGCUUGUGGAGUUUGUGAAAGAGCACCAAAGACCCACACUCCGCAGGCUGCGCCCAGAAGAUAUGUUUGAAACUUGGGAAGAUGAUCUGAAUGGAAUCCACAUCGUGGCCUUUGCAGAGAAAAGUGACCCCGAUGGCUUUGAGUUCCUAGAGAUCCUGAAACAAGUCGCCAGAGACAAUACCAACAAUCCUGAGCUGAGUAUAGUAUGGAUUGACCCAGAUGAUUUCCCAAUGCUCAUUUCCUACUGGGAGAAGACCUUUAAGAUCAACCUGUUCAAGCCACAGAUUGGAGUAGUGAAUGUAACUGAUGCAGACAGUAUCUGGAUGGACAUACCAGAUGAUGAUGACCUACCUACAGCUGAAGAGCUAGAAGAUUGGGUAGAAGAUGUACUUUCUGGGAAAAUAAAUACAGAAGAUGAUGACAAUGAUGAUGAGGAUGAUGAUGACGAUGACGAUGAUGAUGAUGAUGAUGAUAACUCUGAAGAAGAUGAUGAUGAUGAUGACGAUGAGGAUGAUGAUGACAGUGAUGAUGAAGAUGAAUAGCUCUCAUGGCAGAUAUUCUCACAAACACUGAACCAUUUUUAUUCAUUAUUCUUUAAAGACAGAAUGGGAGAUGGGAGCAGGCAGUCCUAAAGAGUUCCUUCCCUUAUUUUUAAGACCUACUUUUCUACUCCCUUAUUAUCAAGAAUAAGAAAACUCACUAAUUCCUUCCUAAUAUAAAGUGAGGAGUUGCUUGUGGAUAUAAGUUGGGAAUAGGAGAGUGAAAAGGGGAAGGAUAGGGAAUAUGUCCGGUUUUAAUGUCCUGACUCAUGUCUUAAGACUAGACAUCCCAAUAGGACAAGGAAAACCAUUCACAUCUUACUUGCAUUUAGCAACUUAUUUCUCUUAUCCCUAAAAUACAGGGGUCAUGACAGUCUUCUCAUAUCUAUUCUCAAAUAUACUUUUUAUAGUUGACUGUGACAAUAACAGAAAUAGGGUUUUGAAAUACCCACCAUCAGAUGCCAUGGGAAAUACUCCUUAAUUAAUUUAGGAGUAUACUCCCACCUUAGGUAAAUAUUCUCAAUUAACUUAGAACCCAAACUCAAGGCAAACUCAGUAUGGCCCAUGCUCAUGGAAAUGGGUGAAAUUUUGAAACUUGUAAGUUUGCUAAAAAUCCAUUUAUGCUAUUUCUUCAAUAUCAAAACAUCUAUUUCAUUGGAUGGUAGUUACAAUAUUGACACUUUCCUCAUCCCACCCCUUUCUCUAUAUCUUCUCUCUCACCUCAAAUGCUCUGUGGAUGAGCCAGAUAUAAUUUUAUGGAAAAUUAUGUACCUUUGUAUGCCUGGAGCUUCUUUAUCAUUGCAUUUUUUUCUUUGUGGUAAAAGCAGUUUUUUUUCCUGACAUCCUAUGAAACUGAACUUUCUAUUAAUUAACACUUCUACACAUCUCUAGUGCAAUCAGAAACAAGAUUUAUAAUUGUGCUUCUGAAGCACUGUGAGAUCCUGAAGUGUUUUCUGAAUCAUCAAAGAAAGUUUAAAUUAUAUUCAGUAUAGUUGUAGUGUUGUUUGUUUUAAGUUGUAGUGUUGUUUGUUGCCUCUUCUAAUUCUUUGAAAAUUGGCAACUCAUAUAUGAAGAUUAUUAGCCAAAAAUUUUUACUAAUGAGAAUUGUUUCUUACCCAAUUAUUCUGGGAAAACCAAGUUAGCCCUAUUUCCUCAUUUACUUCUCUGCUGUAAAAGAUUCUGGUAGACUGUUCCACAAUAUGAUAGGAAUACUUUUCAAGGUCUGGACAUACUGGCAGGCCUCUAAGACUGUCUGACCUUCAACAGAAUAGCAUUUUGGACCUUUGUGGACAUGAAUCAGCAAAGUAGUUGUUGAAACUAUUAUGCUAACUGGGCUUUGGUCCAUGUGUCCAUCCUGUCCCUACAUCUGGGAUGAUACUGAGUCCUUUUAAUCUUUAGGCUUGUAUUCUCAGGGAGAUUUGCUAAACUUGCCCCCCUCCACAAACAUACCAUCUUUAAAUUGUGUUACUAUGUAUGAACACUGGGACAUUGUAAGAUAACUGAAGAGUAACAAGAGGGAAUGAUAUAAAAAGUACCAUCCAGUACACAUAGGAUUGGGAAAGGACUAUUUGUAUGCCUCAUGAACGUUAAAAAAAUCAGAAAAUGACUUCCAGGGCCUUGAGAAGAUCCUUUUGUAAAGAUUUAGGGAAGAAAAUUUCACAGGAUACAAAGACAGGGAGAGUUUGUAAUCUGCUUUGAUGAUCCAUCAAAAGAUUAACAAUCAUGUCCCAAAGUCUAUUUUGUUUUCUUUUAGGACCUCAGACCAACAAUUAGUCUUUAUUAUUUUCCAGGGUCGAGUGCAACAAAACUUUUCAAUCAAAGCCAGGCAGAGUCCUUCCUUUUGUCCUUUAUGGUACAUCUAUGUGUAGGGAUGGGGCUCCAGUAAUUUUUCCCACCUCUUUUAUUCAGUGGAGCCUGGAACAGCAUAAUUCUUCCAAUCUUCUUUUGGAAGUAAUAGCCAGGAUGAUAAAUAUUAGGAAGAUAGGGCCAUCUAUCAUGUUUUGGGAAAUGGUUCAUUGUUUUAUUGUCAAGAAUGAGUAAAACUUUUAAAUUUGUCUGUAAGAAUAAUAAUUCUGUUUUAACAUUUCAAA